GUCAGCGGCAGCAAGGCUGUGAGGUGGAGCCGCUACCAGCGGAGCAAUGGGCUUCGUACGGCAGGCUAGAGCUCACGGAGCUGUACAGGAGAGCCGUACGGCGGCAUGGGCUGCACCAGCAGCAGCAGCAGGCGGAGGGAUCCGCCGCUGUUGCUGCCGAGGCGGCAGCGGCGACAGCCGUGGCGGAGGCUGGGCAGCAGGAGAUGGAAAAGGAGCAGGAGGAUGGGGGCGAGCAUCUGCAGCAGCGGUGCUGGCGGGAGGAGUGGCGGGGGCUGCUGGGGCUCGCUCGGGAGAUGGCUUUGCGGGAAGGAGGUCUUCGCCAGCACCAUCACAAUCCUGAGGAGCUUUCUACGGGAGAUGCAGAAGCAGGAGACCGCAAUAGCGGCAGUACCGGUAGCACGUCUAGCAGUGGCAGCAGCAGCAGCAGCAGUAGCUGUAGCCGAGUGUUGCGGGCGCAUGUGUUUGACUGGACCGCCCCUCCGGACAUGGCCCACCUACUCCCACCACGACCCUUGAAUAAUAGUUCCCAGUGCUCAGCCUCCUCGCUAGCUGCACAACAGACGUUAACACCUUCCUUGGCGCAACAGCAACAGCAACAGCAGUCCCACCCACAGUCUCGACAGCUGCAACCCCAACCCCAACCCCAGCAGCAGAAACAGCAGAAACAUCAGAACCAGCAGCACCGCAAGCAGCGGCGAUUUGAUGUCGUACUGGCGUGCGAUGUGCUGUACGAGGAAGGAGCCGUUGGGCCCAUCGCGGCCCUCAUGCCGCAAUUGCUGAACCCGUACGGCGGGCGGUUACUGCUGGCGGAUCCGCCUAACCGAACGGUUCGCAACCGCGAGCGCUUCCUUCGCGAGCUGCAGUCGGGGCCGCUGCGGCUGGCGGUGGAGGAGUGCAGCUUGCAGCAGUGCGAGGUAUCCAAGCUAGACAAUGAGAUGGCAGGCGGUCUGGCACCCACUGCUGAGAGCGUGCCGGUGCAGUUUCUGGUGUUUCGGAGCUGCGUGGGAAACGACACGGUGGGCCUCAAGAGGGUGUGAGCGCGGUUUUGGGGGAGGCCUGCCAUGCCAUGCGGCGGAGGCCUUGUCGUUGGGGCUCAAGCAGGGUGGGGGUGGGAAAGCUGUGUGGGGUAACAACGUGGCGAAGAUCAAGCAGCUGUGAUGCAUUCAUAGUUUCAUACAUACAGGUACUGGUAAACUGAGCCCCGGCGUAAUGGUGGUAUGGAGUGACCCGACUGGCCCUGACUGUUGGGAGUUGUAGGCAGCACUCGGUACAUGCGUGAAGCUGUUUUACGUGGCUGGAGCGACGUCGAUGCUGGUGGUGGUGGUGGUGAAGGGCUGGACGGUGUGUUAAGAAAACUGGCCGCGAGUAGGAACGUAGUGUGUGUGUGGUUCUUUAGCGGUUGCUGUUACUGGCUUUGCGCGGCAUAUCGCAUGCUGGGCAUGUAUGUAGCUCCCAACAUGCGUACGAUACAAGGUGUGGCGGUGACGUCGAUCGAGCCAUAAGAGAAACAGCAUAACUGCAUACUCGUCUCCCCUGUGUUCACCGUAUGGUGGGACGUACAGUGAUCCAAUGCAACGGUACAACAAGAAAACUUAUCACGACACGAUAUGACAAGCAC